AUGGAAGAACAACAGAAUAUCGAGAAAGACAAGUGCAAGGGAGAUUCUUACCUUGACCCGGAAGGUCCGUCUCCGCCAAUCAAUGCCAAACACUCUGCCUUCACAGUCUCCGGUCCCUGGAAAGGAAUUAAAUGGUAUAACGAAUGGCUGCAGUCACAUGUCACUGAUGACGGCCUCAAGGACGCAUUCCGGCAAGCCUGCGACGUGAGUCUUGACGAUGGCUUGGAUCUCGAGCAGGUCUACAGAGACCGAUAUCCGUAUUUCUUCAUCAACAAGAAAAUCAGGAAGGGCAUUGCUCGUCAUUUUGUAGAGAAUAUUCCAAAUGGAUAG